AUAUACAGUGGUUUUUUUCCCAGAAAAUGAAAACCCCACAAACUCUAUUUUCUUUUCCGCCAAGUUAGUUCUAAAACCUUACAGAACUACGCUUAAGAAUGGUAGGGGCAAAUCUGAAAUCGGAGACGAUAAAGCUGAUGGACAAGAGAAGUGCAAUGGAGGCUGAGAUGAACGCCAUAAUUGAACAGCUUUGUCAACCUGGGGGUCCUGGUCUCUCUGGCAACCUCGUCGAUUCCGAAGGUUUUCCUCGUGCUGAUAUUGACAUCCCAGUUGUUCGAGCACAACGGCAUCGUCUUGCUGAACUGAAAAAUGAUCACCAGGAAAUUACAGAAAAAAUUAAUGUUAAUAUUCAAGUUUUGCAUUCAGCAAAACUCACUUCAACUCCUAAAGAUUCAGGUGUUGAAACGAAUCAAAAUGCAUCAGUUGCCACUGCUGGUGCAUCAGCGUCCUUGCAAAACCUUGUUUUGAGGGAUUCUUCGAGUGCCAAUGAUGUGGAUAUGAUUUCUAGUAUGCCCUUUGCAAUGGUAGAUGAAAUAGCUGAUGCAUCUCCGGCAGCUGAGGAUGGUUUACAACUUGGAGACCAGAUUGUGAAAUUUGGUAAUGUGAAAGCUGGAGAUAGUUUGCUACAACGACUUGCUUCUGAAGCUCAGGCUAAUCAGGGUCAUCCCCUACCUGUCAUAAUCAUGAGACAAGGAGCAUUGCUUAAUCUAUCAUUGACUCCUAGAACAUGGCAAGGCAGGGGCUUGCUAGGAUGUCAUUUUCGUAUCAUGUGAUUUUGCUGCAUCAAUGGAUCAGAAUACAGCAAUUUGGUUGCCUUUGUUUAUCUGUUAGACAACACUCAGACAGGCACAUUGACAUGACUUUUUUUUUUCGUCUAUAUAUACCUUGGAUUCUUGAGGAUAUGCCAAAUAUUUUGUUUUUGAAUGAAUCCAAUGUUUCUCUUGCACUGCUGA